AUGGACACAGCUCAAAAGAGCGAGGGCAGCAAUUCUAGAAAGCUGCACAAGGGCCAGACCACCGGGCUCCCUUUGCCCUGCGAGGAGACCCGGGAGCGGGUGCAAAGCCAGACCCUGCCAGUCUUGGCCCGCUUUUUCGCCCGCAACCGCGUGGCCUCGUCUUACCUCACGCUCCCGCGGGGCCCGGGCUGCAGCUUCGGCUCACUCCGCCACGCGGCGCCCGCUCGCUGGGCUUCUGUGGGAUCAGCUGUGUGUGAUGCGACGGCCCCGGCGCCACCCGGGCGGCAGCAAGACCGCUUCUCCUCAGCCGCCGAGCUGGAGUUGGAGGUGGAACUCCGUGGGGCCGGGGCCCCGGCUGCCGGGCAGCGGCUCCUCGGGGCCCAGGCCGCGGCGGAGAAUGAGGCGGAGGCGGUGGCGGUGGCGGGUUCCAAGCGGGGCCGCCAGGCUGGAAGCGUCCUGCGCUGGUUCAUCACCGUGAUCCUGUGUGCUGCCUUCCUGGGGCUGGGAAUGAGUGUUGCAAUACUGGGACCGACAUUUCAAGAUUUGGCAACAAACGUGAACCGCAAUAUAAGCAGUCUUUCUCUGAUUUUCGUGGGCCGUGCCUUCGGAUUUUUGAGUGGCUCAGUGAUUGGUGGAGUUCUUCUUGACAUUUUGAAUCAUUUUCUACUUUUGGGGGUGUCAAUGUUGACUACCACAGUUGGUCUUUAUCUUGUUCCGUUUUGUAAGACAGCAGUGUUACUGAUUGUCAUGAUGUCCGUCUUUGGUGUCUCAGCUGGCAUUCUGGAUACAGGUGGUAACGUCCUAAUCUUGGCUAUCUGGGGGGACAGAGGAGCCCCCCAUAUGCAGGCCUUACACUUCAGUUUUGCCUUGGGUGCCUUUUUGGCUCCCUUGCUGGCUAAGCUGGCACUGGGCACGACGGUGUCUGCUGAGAACCGCACAGAGGAUGACUCUAACCAUUCUGCCCUCAACCAGUCAUCUGAAGCUGACUCAGAAUCUGUCCUCGGAGUACCUGACAAUAUGAAUCUGCUGUGGGCGUAUGCUGUUAUCGGUACUUACGUCUUUGUAGUUGCUGUCUUUUUUUUGGCUCUGUUUUUAAAGAAAAGCUCAAGGCAGGAAAAAGCAAAAGCCUCUGCUCAGAGGUCUCGAAGAGCUAAAUACCACAAUGCCCUUCUCUGUCUCCUUUUCCUGUUCUUCUUUUUUUAUGUGGGAGCUGAGGUCACAUACGGCUCUUACGUUUUCUCAUUUGCGACCACCCAUGCUGGCAUGAAAGAAAGUGAAGCGGCUGGGUUGAACUCCAUCUUUUGGGGGACCUUUGCAGCCUGCAGGGGCCUUGCAAUCUUUUUUGCUACGUGUUUACAACCCGGAACCAUGAUUGUGUUAAGCAACAUCGGCAGCCUGGCAUCAUCCUUACUGCUGGUGCUUUUCGACAAGAGCCCGGUUUGCCUCUGGAUAGCGACGUCAGUGUAUGGGGCCUCGAUGGCAACCACGUUUCCCAGUGGCGUUUCUUGGAUUGAGCAGUACACCACCAUCCACGGGAAAUCUGCAGCAUUUUUUGUCGUCGGUGCCGCCCUGGGAGAAAUGGCUAUUCCUGCAAUAAUUGGAAUUCUUCAAGGACGGUACCCUGAUUUGCCCGUAGUUUUGUACACCUGUUUGGGGGCAUCGAUAGCCACCACUGUUUUAUUUCCCGUGCUCUAUAAAUUAGCCACCUCACCUCUCCAUGCACAGCGAAAAGGGCACAGAAAAAGCGAGGACCAGAAAGCUUUGCUGUCCAGUUCGGAGCUAAAUGACUAUGAGGAAGACAAUGAAGAAGAGGAGGCAGAAAAAUGGAAUGAAAUGGAUUUUGAAGUGAUUGAAAUGAAUGAUACAAUGAGGAAUUCUGUAAUAGAGACAUCUAGAAGUAUUUUGACGGAGCCCUUAGCUGAAGUCUCCGGACAGUCCCACACCAGCGCAGUGGUGUUGCAGUCCCCUGUGAAUCACCUUGCAAGAAACCAGGCAAAAAGGGACUAACAGCUGGAGAAGAUGGAUUUUUCUGACCUCCUUGAAUAAUCUCCAGUUCUAAAGAAGCUAGGCAGAGCAGAGCAUUAACAGAUUAUCAACAUGCUUUGGGGAAUCAAAAUUUCUAGGUCGGAGUAUAGCAAAUGCUACAAAGUUUUGAAAGGUUCUGUAAUUCCAGAAUUUUCCAUAAAGAACAAAUGGUCUCGUAUGGCAGGAUCUUAUUGUGAGGCUAGUGUUUGGCAUGUGCCUGAUUAUGUAAUGUUCUAUGGUCUCUACCCCUCAGAGCACACAAAGAAGGUGUUUGUAGUUGAGAAGCUGGGUGCUGUUCUCAUAGAACGAAACCAUCUAGUAGUUGAAUCGAUGAGCAGAGCAAGUGGUCAGUCAUCAGUAUUCUACCAGAGAAGUAGAGGAUUGUUGUUUCAUAAAAGAGCAACUUUGAAAACGGACAGAGAUUUUUUAUUAAUUGCUUUGCCCUCCCUGUAGUGUUGCACGGGAGAAUGGUGAUGCUUCGUUUGAUUUCUGAUUUCUAUGAGGAGAACACAGAACCUUAGAGACAUGGCUUCAUGACUGCUGCUUACUAGUUUUGGGGCCCUAUGCUCAGUCCCUUCACUUAAGUAGGCCUGGUUUAUCUGUCUCCUGAUACAAAAUUCUAUUAGUGACAAUGAGAUGAUUUUCAAACCAGGAAUCCAUCAGUUUCAAAGUUUGUACAAGAAAAAAAAUGUUAAAAAAAAAAUUCGUGCAAGGUGUCUGUUAGAAAUUAACAUAAGUGCCAUCCGCUCUUCUUUUCAAAUGAGAAGUGAAACAAAGUGAUAGUUUUGAGAAUACUACUGAUUAUGAAUACAUGUCAAUUUAAGAGACUCUGUGUUUAAUAAUUACCCGCGAAACACAUUUUUCAGUACUGUGUUCCAUCAGCUCUAAGAUGCAUUUUUUUUUUCACAUUUGUAACAGCUCUGAAAUCAGGAUAGGUCUUAAAGCCUGUGGUCACUUAACAGUUUUGUGACAAAAUUUAAUCGACAGUUAUCCACAUACAUAUACAAAAUCAUGUUGCAUGUUACAAUCGUCAUCUUACAGUAAUUCAUUCAAUUAUGGAGAUUUUUACUAUUUUUACAGAUAUUUUCAAAAAAGUUAUUUUUAUAUGCUGAUUUUCUUGAUGUUCAGUUGGGAUUUGGAGAUGCAAUGUUCUGACUUUAAAAGCUAUUUGAGAGUUGCUGUGUUAGUAGUGGGGUGUACCUUAGUAACGAAGUCUGAGUCUGGGCCUUGCUCUUACAGGAUUUGCUCCUCAUCGAGUCUGGCUGGUAAUCACACCGUAGGCACUGUCAACUAGGCUGCUGGUGUCAUUUACAAGGACCUAUAUUUGGAAUAUUUCUGUUACUCUCCCCCCAAGCCCCGCCCUCACACAGGGCUCUUCCUUCCUGAGUUUGAAGUACCUGGGAAACGAAAAUAAUGAUUAGAAAGGGGCUUGGUGGCGUAGGAGUCGGGGAUCACAAAGGGUACUUCAUAUGAAUGUGGCAAAGCUGGUGCGAGCUCUCCUUUGAUAAAUGACUAGCACUGAUGACAGCUUGUGUUUACUUGUCUUUACCAUGUUUUAUGGUGAAUAGUGUUUCAUUUCUACCUGCUUGCAGUAUGUUUGCUUUCUCUUGUUUAUCUGAUUUCUGUGAAUUUGCCUUUGUUUUUUCUUGAGUGAAAUACAGUAUCGUUUUCGACCACUGCCCAUUCACCUUCAAUACCUUCCACAGUGUGGGUUUGUGUAUAACCUAACAAUUUUGGAGAGGGCUGGUGGAGAAAUGAACAGGAAAAACCGUAUUCUUCUUGCUCGUUUUGUAUUGUACUUUUCUCUUAGCUACGGCUUGGAGACCACCUGUAUUCCAUUUACUGCUUUUUCUCACGUUGUUGGAAUUUAGGCAGUAGAUGCCCUUUGGCAGCUGGGAAGCUUGUUAGAACAGGGAUUCUGUCUGCGGCGUCUGCAUUUAAGGGGUAGAAGAUGCAGCUCAGGGAGAGAAGGAUGAUAAGAAGAACAUGGCAGAAAAUUUGGAAAUCCACACUGGAAAAUCCACUAGCGUUCCACAAACAAAAAUGUGAAUGGCCAUAUGAGAUUGUAGGUGUUGUUAAAGUUUGACGUAUUUCCAUAUUGGAAGGAUAAGACUUUGUACAAUUCCAAGAAUUAGCAUUCAUUCUAAUUAUCAGUCCUUAGAUAAGUGUCUGCUGAUAUACAAGAACCAAUACUGAAGUUUUCUAUUGCUGAAUAACAGAUUUAGCAGUUUACAACAUUAUUUUUGUUUAUUAGGCUCCAUGCCCAGUGUGGAGUCAAACGUGGGGCUUAGAACCGUGAGAUUGAGACCUGAGCUGAGAUCAAGAGUUGGUCGCCUAACUGACCGAACAACAGAGACUUUUUUGUCUCACAGUUUCUUGAGUCAGAAAUUUGGGUACGAUUUCACUGGGUCUUCUGCUCAGGGUCUCAUGGGGCUGCAGUCAAGCUGUUGGAUAGAGCUGUGCUUCUUUUUGGAGCUUAGGGUUCCCUUCUAGGGCCAUGUAUGUGGUUGACAGUAUUCAUGCUGUGGUAGGCUCAGGUCCCAAUUUUUUCACUGGCUGUGAGCUGCCUCCAGUCCCAAUUCCUAGAACCUUCCAUAGUUCUUUUGCCAGGCAGCCCUCUGGUAGAUCUCUGACAACAUGGCGGCCAAUGGGCCAGCAGGAGAAUCUCUCACCUGAAUCGGCUAAGCUGGAGUCUUCUUUAACACGAUGUAAUCACAGGAGUGGCAUCCCAUCAUCUUUGCCAUAUGCUCUUGGCUAACAGCAAGUCACGGGCUCUACCCAAACUCAAGGGAAGAGACUAGUACAGAGAUGUAAUUCCUUUGAGGGGGGCACCUUAGAGUGUGUUUGCUACACUCUGAUACUCACAAAACCAAGGUUCAAGAGAACUAAAAAGUUUGGGCUGGGGACAAGAAGCCCUUAGCAGUCAUCGAAAGUGAUUAUAGGUACCAAAUUGAGUGAGCUAGUGUGGGUGUGGAAGGCUCCCCAAAGGCCAGGCCAGUGGAUCAGGUGGAGGAGUUUCUGUCUGUGGUGGGGCAGUUGUUGGGCUAACUCGGAAUUAAGCCUUUUUUCCCUCUUGACAUUUUAUGUUCUUUCCCACUGUGCUUUUAACUUGCCUAAAUGCAGCUUCCUAUGAGAGGAAUAAGUAAAUUUCAGUUUAGUUAUAUUUUCAUAGUAAAGUCCAAGAACACUUGGAGAGCAUCUUUCAUUUACUCUUAUGUUUCAUAGAAAAAUCCUUUAAAAAAAUCUGUUUUUAUCAUAAAAGUAAUGAAGGUAUAAAAAAGUCAGCUGGAAGAUUAGGGAAGUACAUAAAAAUAUAAGGGACAAGUAUAAGUAAUUUAUGCAAAGUUUUUAUUUAUCUGUUUUUUGAAGUAAGCUCUUUACCCAAUGUGGGGCUCGAACUCCUGACCCUCAAGAUCAAGAAUAGUAUGCUCCAUCAGCUGAGCCAGCCAGGCGCCCCUGGAUAGGUAUUUUAUAAUUCUAAACACCUAGAAAAGUUCUUAACAUUUCUCAUCAACAUAAUUUCCUGGGUAAAGGAGUAAAAAAAAAAUUCCCUCCUAUCAGAUAAAGUUUCAGAAACAAAUUGAAUUUUGUGUUCAGAGUGCACUGCCACUGCAGCUGGUGGACUGGUUAUUAGUUUGAAGAACUGUAACUUAUUU